GCCCGCCCAGUCGGCGCACGGGGAGGGCUCUGCGUUGCCACGCGGGGAGCGCGCUCUCCGGCCCGGCCGCGGCAUGCGCGCGCUGCUCGGCUUGCUCCUGGUAUUCGGAGGCUGCACCUUCGCGCUAUACCUGCUCUCCACGCGGCUACCCGUGGGGCGGAGACUGGGGUCAGCCGGGGAGCCCGAAGACCGGUCAUUGUGGUUCCCUUCAGACCUGGCUGAGCUGCGGGAGCUCUCCGAGGUCCUUCGAGAGUACCGGAAGGAGCACGAGGCCUAUGUGUUCCUGCUCUUCUGCAGUGCCUACCUCUACAAACAGGGCUUUGCCAUCCCUGGUUCCAGCUUCCUGAAUGUCUUGGCUGGCGCCUUGUUCGGGCCAUGGCUGGGACUCUUGCUGUGCUGCGUGUUGACAUCCGUGGGUGCCACAGGCUGCUACCUGCUUUCCAGUAUUUUCGGCAAACAGCUGGUCAUCUCCUACUUUCCUGAUAAAGUGGCUCUGCUGCAGAGGAAGGUGGAGGAGAACAGACACAGCCUGUUCUUUUUCCUGCUGUUUCUCAGACUCUUCCCCAUGUCGCCAAACUGGUUCCUGAACCUCUCGGCCCCAAUUCUGAACAUCCCCAUCGUGCAGUUUUUCUUCUCAGUGCUUAUCGGUUUGAUCCCGUACAAUUUCAUCUGCGUGCAGACGGGCUCCAUCCUGUCCACCCUCACGUCUCUGGAUGCCCUCUUCUCUUGGGAGACCAUCUUGAAGCUGUUGGCCAUCGCCCUGGUCGCUCUGGUUCCUGGGACACUCAUCAGAAAAUUCAGUCAGAAGCACCUGGCGCUGAGUGAAACAAGCGACAUUGGCCGCCUGGAUGGCAGGAAGGACGCGUGACGUGGGUUCUGUGUUUAAGGGGCCCUGGACUGCGCCUGCCCUGGUCCUUUUAAUGUCCUCAUUGUGUUUUAAUUACUCUCAAAAGAUGAGGUGGACAGUGCUCCAGUGUGUCCAGAGGUCUGUUAGAAGGGCAUUCUGUCCUGUUGAUCAGCUUCUAUGAAAUGGACCGCUUUCUAGAAAACCUAUCCAGUGUCUGUCGGGCUUGUCUCUUGCUGGCCCCUGAGAUGCCUUGGGAGAAGAUGCUGGUGGCCUUUUUGGACAGGCUGUGUGUCCUCGGUUACUCUGUUGAAGAGUAUCCUCUCUACAGUUCUGCUGAUGAUCUACCUCUCAUAAGCCAAGGGAAACAUGCACGUACGUGCAACGAUUCCUGCAGUGCCCCUGUUCACAGAUCCUUGUAUCCAUGUUUAUGCUCCUUGUAGUUAUAUGUAGUUAUAUGUCUUGAUAGUUGGGCUGAUUCAAACAUGAUUAAAAAUGAAUGGGAGCCA